AUGUCUCACGCCGAUCAACAACUUGAUGCCCCCGCCCAGUCCCUUCAUGCAAUCAAUUUUACCUUGCCUGAAUUCUGGCAACACGCUCCAGAACUUUACUUCAUCCGCAUAGAAUCAGCCUUUUAUUCUGCCAACGUUACCAAGGAGCUAUCAAAAUACCACAAACUUGUGGAGGUUCUCCCUGCCAAUAUUAUCUCACAAGUUCAACCCUUGCUAGUGAAACCCCCUGCAGACGCUCCCUAUUCUGCUCUGAAGGCGGAAAUCCUUCGUCUCAAUGCUGUAUCUGACCGACAACGCUACCACCAGUUGAUCAAGGAGGAAUCACUGGGCGACCGAAAGCCCUCAGAACUUCUCCGACGAAUGCGUGCUCUCUUAGGAGACAUGCAGGUCGACGAGAAACUCGUUAAAGAGAUGUUUCUAGAGAGGCUGCCUGCAGAUGUCCAAACGAUUUUGGCAUCCGGCUCGCAAGACCUUACACUUUCACAUCUUGCUGAAAUGGCAGACCGAAUGAUAGAGGUUCAUCGGUUCCAGCCACCUUCCGUUGCUCAGAUUUCCACAUCCUCUUCAACGGUUAACGAGCAGUUACUGCAACAGAUGUCGACUAUGGCAAAUGAGAUAGCCUCCCUAAAACUACAGCUUGCUCGCAUUACCUGUAGUCGCUCACCCAGCCGUCAUCGUUCACGUUCGCGACCUCGCACAGCCAAUUUGUGUUGGUAUCACGCAAACUUUGCCGCCAAGGCUCGCAAAUGUUCUUCCCCUUGUUCCUUUAAACCGAAACAGGGAAACCAACCAGCCAGAGAAUAGACGCGACCGUUUUCUCUGGCUCUCCCAGCUCUGGUCGCACCUUUUAUGUCUGCGACAAUGUGACUCGCAGGCGCUUCCUGGUGGACACCGGAACCCAGAUCAGCGUGGUUCCCCUCACUCCAGUUGACCGCCGCUGUCCCAGCCCUGGUCUACAUCUCCCAGCUGCAAACUGUUCCCCAAUUUCCACUUUUGGUAGUCGUUCCCUAACGCUGAACAUUGGUUUACGUCGAUCAUUCUCCUGGAUAUUUGUGAUUGCCGAUGUGCCUCAUGCGAUCCUUGGUUCCGACUUCCUAGCCGAGUUUGAUCUCCUUGUUGACUGUCGGCGUUCCUGUCUCCUCGACCGCACAACUGGUCUUUCUGUCCGCGGUCUUACACCCUUUAAUGACUCCUACAAUUUAUCUGUUCUGGAUACAGGCAUUGCUUGCCCAUACCGAGACCUGCUCCUCCAACACCCCAACAUAAUCAAACCCCAGUUUCGCAGUGGUGAGAUCCAGCAUGACGUUGUCCACCACAUUCGCACCUCUGGCCCCCCAGUAUUCGCACGGCCUAGACGACUGGCUGCGUCCCGUCUGCAAGCGGCGAAGGCCGAAUUUGAGCACAUGCUGCAACUGGGCAUAAUUCGCCCGUCCGAGAGUCCAUGGGCGUCCCCUCUGCAUAUGGUGCCUAAGGCAACAUCAGACGACUGGCGGCCCUGUGGUGACUAUCGCGCCCUCAACAAUGCGACCAUCCCGGAUCGUUAUCUUGUCCCUCAUCUUCAAGAUUUUGCUGGAGCUCUUUUUGGCAAAUCGGUUUUCUCGAAGAUUGACCUUGUUCGGGCCUUCCAUCAGAUUCCUGUCGCUCCUGAGGAUGUUCCCAAAACUGCCGAUACCACACCAUUCGGCCUGUUCGAAUUUAUUCGCAUGCCAUUUGGUCUUCGCAAUGCUGCCCAAACAUUUCAGAGGUUCAUUGACCGAGUCCUACGUGGUCUCCCGUUUGUGUACGCUUACAUCGAUGACCUCAUGGUGGCCAGUCGAAAUGCCGAGGAACACAAAGAGCAUCUUGCUUUAGUGUUUGACCGCCUCGAUCAGUUUGGCGUGGUCAUUAACCCUUCGAAGUGUGUUCUGGGUGUGCCGUCCCUUGAUUUUCUUGGUCACCAUGUCGAUGCACAAGGUUUGCGUCCCCUCUCUUCCAAGGUUGAGGCCAUUCGUGAUUUUCCUCCACCAACAUCCAAGCGUCAGCUGCAACGUUUCCUUGGCAUGGUAAACUUUUACCGCCGGUUCCUACCGAACUGUGCCGACCUUAUGCUGCCACUCACCAACUUGCUCUCUAGUCCCAAGGGUCCCCUUGAGUUACGUGGCCACGCGCUGACUGCAUUUGAGAGAAUAAAGACCUCCCUUGCUGAUGCUACCUUGCUCACUCAUCCUGCUCCAGAAGCCCCAUUGUCCCUGAUGGUUGAUGCUUCGACCGUUGCCAAAGGAGCAGUCCUCCAACAGCAUAUCAACAACUCGACACGACCGUUGGCAUUCUUCUCCAAGAAGCUUUCACCUGCCGAGACGAGAUACAGCACGUUUGGCCGUGAACUUCUUGCCAUUUACCUAGCCGUAAAACAUUUCCGACACUUCCUGGAGGGUCGUGACUUCACCAUUUUCACAGACCACAAACAACUUACAUUUGCCAUCCGAUCCCAUUCUGACAAAUAUAACCCGAGAGAGAUUUCUCAUUUGGAUUAUAUCUCGCAAUUCACCACCGACAUCCGCCACAUUGAUGGCCCGAAGAAUGAGGUGGCUGAUAUGCUGUCCAGACCCUCACUGUCUUCCCUCCAACUCUCACAUGGGAUCGAUCUUUGUGCCAUGGCGGCUGAGCAGCAGCGAGUCGGUUGUCCUGGCGACGAGUCUGUUAGUGGUCUUCAACUCAAAGACGUUCCUCUGACCACCGGCUCUGGUACCAUACUUUGUGACGUCUCAACUCCCUUUCAUCGCCCUUUUUUGCCCGCCUCGAUGCGUCGAGCUGUAUUUCAAACUCUGCAUGGACUCUCCCACCCUGGGAUCCGAGCCUCUCAAAAGCUCCUCGCGGAAAGGUUUGUCUGGCCUGGCAUGAACAAGGACGUCAAAGCUUGGGCCCGGCCGUGUCUGAGCUGCCAGCGCAACAAGGUGCAGCGUCACAACAAGUCCCCACCAGGCACUUUCCCCAGUCCCGACGCACGGUUCAGCCAUGUGCACCUGGAUGUCGUAGGCCCCUUGCCUCCAUCCAAUGGUUUCACCUACCUACUUACCUGUGUCGAUCGAUAUACUCACUGGGCUGAAGCUAUUCCUUUGCCGAAUGUUCAGGCUGAAACCAUCGUGAAGGCCUUCGUCAGUCGUUGGGUUGCCAUGUUCGGUGCCCCAUCCACGGUUACGACUGAUCGUGGUGCCCAGUUUGAGUCGGCACUCUUCCAAACGCUACUCAAUUUCCUUGGCUGCACACGCAUUCGGACGACAGCCUACCACCCAGCUGCCAACGGUAUGGUUGAACGUUUCCAUCGCCAGCUAAAGACCGCCCUGCGUGCCGUCGAAGACCCAGGAAACUGGUCGGACAACCUUCCUCUUGCACUCCUCGGCAUCCGCGCAGCUCUGAAGUCUGAUCUGGGCUGUAGCGCAGCUGAAUUGGUUUUCGACACUACCCUCCGACUGCCAGGCGUGAUGAUCACCCGAACCUCUCGUGGAGCCGACGAGACUCCUGACAAUCUUGUGCACCGUUUGCGGCAAUUCAUGCGCUCGCUUUCCCCGGUUCCACCUCGAACUCCUAUGACUGAGUCUUAUGUCGAAAAAGACUUGGACAACUGUACUCAUGUGUUCGUCCGGUGUGACCGUGUGCGCCAGCCGCUGGAAUCACCUUACGAAGGACCGUUCCGUGUGCUCGCGCGCAAUGCCAAAACCUUCCGGAUUCUUCGCAAUGACAAGUAG